CGGCGGCGGGCGAGGGGGAGACGGAGGGAAUUUAUAAAGCCUGGUGAGGGGGUUUCCAAGCCCGUAAAAGCAAAAUGAAGCCGGCGCUGGCGUUGCUGUUCCUGCUGGCAGCGGGGCUGAGCGGGGCUUCAGCGCAUUCAAAUGGGUUGCCGCCUGGGAAGAAGCUGCGCAUGGCCUACGCUACGGGGCCGCUGCUCAAGUUCCAGAUCUGUGUUUCCUGAGGAUACAGACGGGUGUUUGAGGAGUACAUGCGGGUUAUUAGCCAGCGGUACCCAGACAUCCGCAUUGAAGGGGAAAAUUAUCUUCCUCAGCCUGUUUAUAGACAUAUAGCAUCUUUCCUGUCAGUCUUCAAACUAGUGUUAAUAGGCUUCAUUAUUGUCGGCAAGGAUCCUUUUGCUUUCUUUGGCAUGCAAGCUCCCAGCAUCUGGCAGUGGGGCCAAGAAAAUAAGGUCUAUGCUUGUAUGAUGGUUUUCUUCCUGAGCAGCAUGACUGAGAAUAUGUGUAUGUCAACAGGUGCAUUUGAAAUAACUUUAAAUGAUGUUCCGGUGUGGUCUAAGCUACAGUCUGGACACCUACCUUCCAUGCAGCAGCUUGUUCAAAUCCUUGAUAAUGAAAUGAAACUCAAUGUACACAUGGAGCAGAUGCCGCAUCAUAGAUCAUAGCCCCAUCUAUCAGUACUGAAAACUUCUUACAUUAAGUAACACUUUCGAAAGGCAACAUGAAUGAAAUUAAUGAAGGCCUGUACUGAAGACAGAAUGCUGUUGGUACAGACUGGAUGCUCUCCUCACCUUCAUGUUGUUGUUCCUGAAAAUCUUAAUGCGAGACCCUUUCAGUGCUGGUAUGUUUCCAAGUACUGCACAUUCAAGGAGUGCAAUAAUACUGUAUAGUUGUUUUUUUUAAAAAAGAGUUAAUUCAACCUCUCCAGAGCUAGGCAACGCAGGCAUUAACCAAUGAUAACUUUUUGUUUUGGGUUGGAUCCAGAGUACAUUAGUUGCACUUAAAUCAUAUUGGGUUGGAUUCAGCUAACUUUUGUUCAGAGUAGACUCGUUGAAAUUAAUGACUAUGACUAACUUGGGUCCAUUAGUUUCAGUGGGUGUACUCUGAAUAAAAGUUAGUUGAUUACAACCCACAGAUUUCAAUGAAGGCUAAGUGUAUCUAACUUUGGGUUGUAUCUCGGGUGACAUUCAGACCAUACAUUUGUUUUGCUAGUAUUCUACUUUAAAUAGUCAUGGCUUUCCCUAAAGAAUCUGGGAAAUGUAGUUUGUGAAGGGUGCUGAGAGUUGCUAGGAGAUGCCCUAUUGCCCUCACAGUUCCCAGAGUUCUCUUGAAAGAGGGACUGAGUGUUAAACAACUCUGACAAUUGUAGCUCUGUGAGGAGUCUCCUAAUAAGUCUCAGCACCCUUCACAAAUUACACUUCCCAGGAUUCUUUAGGGGAAGCCAUGACUGUUUAACAUGAUACAUUUAUUCCAUUUUAAUGUGUCCCAACAAAGUUCUACUCAGAAUAGACCCACUGAAGUUAACAAACCCAAGUGAAUCAGGCUCAUUAAUUUAACGAGUCUUCUCUGAAUAUGACCACUGAGUGGUGUUCAACUAAAUAAUUGCACUCAUGCAAUAGGACUUGCUCCACCUUCUUUCCUCCCCUCAUACCAUCUCCAAAUCUGUUCUGGAGGCUUGGAGGAACUCCAGAACAGAUUUAUUUUGGGGGGGGGAUGGGAAGAGAGGGGAGAACAUUCUGUUGUGCGAGGAAAAAUCCUUGUACUGGUGGAACAAUUUGCUUAGCGCUACAUUGAUUACAACUCAUAGUCUAGAGCCAACACUUUAUUUUCAUUUCUAAGAAGAUGACAUAAUGCAUUAAUAUCCUAAUUUUUUUCCUUAGAAAAAUGGCCUCAUCUACAGUAUGUGGAAUUAAUGUUCUAUUCAUAGUUAAAAUUGAUCUUUAGGAGUACUGGUUAUCUUUUAAACUGGUUUGGAUAAAAAUUGAUGGCUGUCAAGCAUUGCUGAUUCGGUUAUGCAAGUUUUUUAUAUUUUCACAGUAUGUUGCUGAGUGAAUGGUGCAUUGUAUACUAAAUUAUAGGAACAAGAUUAUAUGCAGAAUAAGUACCCUCAGUGUCAUGACUUCAAAGAAGACCAAGUGCUGUUGUGAUUCCCUCUGCAAUUUGAAGUCUGUUUCUGGGCCACUCUACAUGAUCAAAUUGCUUGGCCUUUAUGCUGUCCUAAAUAUGAACUAAGCAAUUAAUUUAAAUAAAGAAAUUCAUUUA